AUGGAUUUAAAUGAUGGAUCCACGUCUGCACUGGGUCAUUUAACGACUGAAGGAACAUCUAGCAAUGUUGUAAUUGCUAAGUGUACCCGUCACAACAAUGAAAGAGCUACAUCGACUGAACAAACCACAGAUAGGGAUUCCACGGAAGAGUCUGAUGCUGAAGAGCGUCUUCUAACAGUAUGCUGCAGAUCUGGGAAGCUCGGCGCUGCUUCUUACACUUUGCAAACUGGAGAGCUCCAAAUCCUGGAAGAGAUAGUAGAUCGCCCUCCGGAACACCAGAUCUUUAUAUCCCUAUUCAACCAAAUGGAUCCAGUCAAACUGAUCCUUGACGGAAAGUCACAAAGUACUUUCGUGAACGCCGUAAAAAGAGUUGUCUUAGCCAAUGACACUAAUCAGAAUACAAAGUGCCAACUUGCGUUUAUAUCAGCUAAAGAAUAUAAUUUCGAAGCAUGCAAGCGUCGCAUCUACUCUCUCGCUCUGCCCCAUGAACCGGCAAACUGCUCAGACGAGGAACGCAUAAUAUUCCUUCGGACCUUGAUAGACUUCUCCCAGACACAAACAGUGCAUGCCCUGGGCGCAAUGCUGAGAUACCUGGACCUUAACUGGUCCAAUCUAAUCAUGGAUUUGCAUGGAAAGCCCCAGUGCCUUAGUUUGACCAGGAUAUCUUUAGCUGAUAUAGUAGCAAUAGAUGAAGACACCUAUCGGGGACUACAAAUCUUCAGCUCUCUCUCGCAUCCCAGUGGCUUUAAGAAAGGCGUGCACGGAAGUAACAAGGAGGGGUUAAGUCUUUAUCAGCUCUUCAGUAAAUGCUCCUCGAAAGUUGGGCAUCAGAGAAUGAAGAUUCUCAUGCGACAACCAACGAAAGACAUAGAGACGCUAAGGCGCCGCCAGGAUGUGGUGGCGUAUUUCAUGAAGCCCCAGAGCGACUCCGUCGUGAGGAACAUCUGCGCUUCUCUCAGGUUCAUCAAGAAUGUUAAUGGAAUUCUAACUAAAAUAAAAGCUUUGUCUGCGAAAGCUUACCAGUGGAAAUCCCUUUAUAAUACUCUCUACAACGUGGUUCUCAUAUGUGAAAUAUGUGAUAAUGUUGGACAAAAGAUACAAUAUCUGGAACAAUUGGCCAAUUUUGAUACUAACAAGUUGUAUGAGAUGGCGCUAUACAUGAAUAGAAUUAUCGACUUUGAUCUAUCUAAGUCAGAAGGAAAAUUCACAGUGAAGGCUGGCGUAGACGCUGAUCUAGAUUUAAAAAAGCAAACCAUGGGCAGUCUCCGCGGGCUGAUGUCGGAGACGGCGCGGGUGGAGUUGGAGCGCUUGCCCGCGUGCGUGCAGGAGUGCACGAUGCUGUACAUGCCUCACCUGGGCUACUUGCUGGGCGUCAAGGCCUGGGACGACGCCCUCACUAUGGAGCAAAAGGAACUGCCGGAUAUGAGGUUUAUGUUUCAAAACAAUGAUUACAUACACUACAAAAGCAGAGGCUGUGAAGAAUUAGACGUGAUGAUAGGAGACAUGUACCCUGAAAUAGUGGCCCACGAGACCCGCAUCAUGAUGAAACUAACUUCCACUAUUCUGGAGAAUUUGCAUACCCUCGCGGCUGCCAUUGACAAAUGCGCUGAAUUGGACUGCCUAAUAAGCAUAUCGAAAGUGUGCAAGGAGUACAGUUUCGUAAAACCGACGCUUACCACAGACAAGGUAAUAAGCAUAGAGCAAGGCAAACACCCGCUGUACAUCACUACUAUCGACAACUUCGUGCCCAAUGACGUCGAGUGCAGCCUGGAGGCGGGCUAUGUGAAGAUCUUGACCGGACCCAACUCCAGUGGGAAAUCGGUUUAUAUGAAACAAAUUGGUCUGAUAGUAUACCUGGCACACAUAGGCAGCUUCGUGCCAGCUGAAUCGGCGACCAUUGGCAUAGUGAGCCACAUCUACUCGCGGAUACAGUCCACGGAGUGCGUCGCCGCUCACAUGUCCGCCUUCCUCAUUGACUUGAGACAGAUGUCGCUGGCAGUGCGCGAGGCGUCCAGCCACUCGCUGGUGCUGGCGGACGAGUUCGGCAAGGGCACGGCGCAAGCGGACGGCCUGGCGCUACUGGCCGCGUGCCUCAACACGCUGCUCUGCCGCGGUGCGCACUGCCCACACUUGCUACUGUCCACGCACUUCCUCGACCUCGGCGACUACAUCGUGGACACGCCAUUCGUCCGCUUCUUACGGUUCGAGCACGUACUGCAAGGCGGCGAGCCCGUGUUCCUGUUUCGUGUAGCGCAGGGCGCGGCGGAGCGCAGCUUUGCCCACGCGGUGGCGGAAGCCAGCGGCAUCGACCCACGCGUGGUGGGCCGGGCUAAGGAGGUCUACGACGCUAUGAAGAAUAACACUCUACCGCCACCCGACAAGAAAAUAACAUCGAAACUCAAAAAUGUCACCGAAAUAAUCAAAAACACGCUUCUCGCGGAAGAUAUUUAA